AUGGUUUCCAAAAGCAAAAGGGUGAGGGAUGCAGCAUUCUCCUCCUUCAUCUUGCUUUUACCGUUGGUUGGGUUUGGUAACUCAGAUUUAGGCAAAGACAGAGAAGAGUGUGCAGACAAACUUAUAGGGCUGGCUAGCUGUGUUCCUUACGUUGGUGGUGAGGCCAAAACCCCAACCAUAGACUGCUGCAGUGGUCUCAAAGCUGUCCUCGAUAAGAGCAANAAGUGCAUCUGCAUCCUCAUCAAAGAUCGUGAUGACCCCAAUCUUGGCAUCAAAAUCAAUGCCACUCUCGCCAUUCAACUACCCUCUGCUUGCAACGCACCUGCUAAUAUAUCUCACUGUGUAGAUCUUUUGCAUUUAGCACCUAACUCUCAUGAUGCCAAGGUGUUUGAGGGAUUGCAAAAAUCCGCCAAAUCAAACAGUUCCACCCAGUUUCCAGUGGUGAUUAUUAUUACAUUACUCUCACUUUCCUACUAGUUCAGAAAACUUCUC